AUGCCUCUCUACAAAAGGAAGCCAUUUUCUCUGGUGGAGAAGCCCAAGGAUUUAAAGCCUCAAGAGCUUGUCUUUCAGGUCCGGUUUACGAAAGAAAUCUUCAGAGAUUAUAGUGAGUAUUUGAAGAGGAUUAAUUUAUAUCGAAAAAGAGUGUGGACAUGCAAAGCAACGGGGAAAAUUAACUUGACCUAUGAAGAGGCUUUGGUUUCAGAGAAAGAAGCUGCGGAAAAAAUCCAAAAUUUCCCCAAGGAGUUAGUGCCUCCCAUGCUUCGUGAAGUUCAAUUCAGCAUGCUCACAUUAAGGGAUCUUGCAAAUUCUAUUGCUGCAAAGUUACAGGGACCCUUCUCAGAGGGUGCUGUAUUAUAUGGGAAAAAGGAUGGUUGUUUACAUAGGUGCAAAAUUGUGAAGGUUCCUGAAGAGGUGGACAAAACUCAAUACGAGGUUGCCUGGCUUGGACGUGAUAAUAAAGCAACUGGAAAGGCAUUAGUAAAGGGUGAAGACUUGACUGGGAAGAAACUACCUUUUACUAGGGCUGUUCUGAAGUCUUUUAUCAAAGAUUCAACAUAUCGAAGUUUUCCCUGGGUCUUACAUGAUAGUUUGGCGAAGAAGCAUGGAAUUUCAACUGCUCCUCCCAAAGAACUAAUAAGUAAAAUUUCCAUACAAGAUGGACUCAUAGUUAAUAAUAGGAAGAGAAAAAGAAGUGACAAUGAGAAAAAUACUGGGGAGGCGAAUGAAAAUGGUUUAGUUCACAGGAAAGGAAAUGAGAAAUCGGAAGCUCAGGCAGUUAAAUAUCCCAUUGAUGAUCUAUUGGUGCAACAGUCUGAGGAAGACCAUUAUUUGACAGAGCGUCCUUCUCCAUGCAGGGAUUUCUAUGUACCCAUGGAGUGUGUUGGGAAUCUUUUGAUGGUGUGGGAUUUCUGUACUUCUUUCGGCAGGUUAUUAAGCUUGUCGCCAUUCUCCCUCAGAGAUUUUGAAAAUGCCAUUUGCCAUAAGGACAGUACUCCAUCUCUCAUUGUGGAAUCUUAUUCAGCUCUUCUUUGCUUGCUAGUAAAAGACAGUGGCAACUUCUCCAUGGCUAUAGAAAAUAAGAAAAGGAAGCCAAAGAUUACAGCCGUCACUUGGACAGAGUAUUUAUGUGAUUUCGUGGAAACAAAAUACCUUGAACGGGAGAUGGAGAAGAGAAUUGUACGCACCAGUCCAUUGGGGAAAGACAGAAAUCGUAACAGGUAUUGGUUUUUCCGACGUGAAGGAAAAAUAUUUGUUGAGAGUACAAACUCCAUGCAGUGGGGCUAUUAUGAGACUAAGGAAGAGCUUGAUGCUUUGAUUGGCUCAUUGAAUCCGAAGGGUGAGAGGGAAAGGUCUCUUAAAAAGCAGCUGGAGAAAAACUACUACAAAAUAAACUUGGAAUUUCAGAAAAGAUCAAAGGAGGCUGCUCGCAGCAUUGCAAUGGAAGAAGAGGCUGUGCUUAGGAGAUUAUAUAGGCAGUGUAGUACAGUUGCAAAUAUUUACUGGAUGAAGAGGAAGAGUGGGUUGGUGACUCGUUUCCUUAAAGUUGAGGUGGGCGCGGCUGCUUUUGUUCUUUGCUGCUUCCCAGUGGGGAUCAUAAAUAUGGCGUCUGAACUCGUGAAUUCUGCAACAAGUGACAAGCUUACUGAAAUGGAUUGGGCGAAAAACAUUGAGAUUUGUGAAUUAGUUGCAUGUGAUCACAGACAAGCUAAAGAUGUUGUAAAAGCUAUAAAAAAAUGCCUGGGAAGCAAAAAUUCAAACACUCAAUUAUUUUCAGUACUGCUUCUUGAGAUGUUGAUGAACAAUAUUGGAGAACAUGUUCAUCAGCAGGUUAUAGACACAGGUAUUCUUCCUAUGCUUGUGAAGAUAGUUAAGAAAAAGUCCGAUCUUUGUGUAGGGGAAAAGAUUUUUCUCCUCUUAGAUGCGGCUCAAACAUCUCUUGGUGGAAAUUCUGGGAGGUUUCCUCAAUAUUAUUCUGCUUAUUGUGAAUUGGUGAGCGCAGGAGUGCAAUUUCCUCAAAGUUCUUCUGAUGCCCCUAAACCUCAUUCUAGAUUGGAGGUGAAUAAGAAUAAAUCAUCAGAUAAGCAAUCUGCUGCUCCUCAAUUUGAAAGAAAAGCACCCAAAAAUGUUUCCGUAUCAAGUAUACUUGAGAAAGCUGGCACUGCUGUAGAGGUCUUGAGGGACGUCCUUAAUGCUGUUGAUACUCAACGUUCCGAGGGAGCUAAGGAUGAGUUCACUCUUGAUCUUGUCGAACAAUGUUCAUUUCACAAGCAACAAGUAAUGCAUCUUGCAAUGACUUCUAGGGAUGACAAGAUGGUUACUCGAGCUAUUGAGCUAAAUGAGCAGCUUGAAAGAAUUUUACAGAGACACGAUGCCCUCAUUUCUCGUGGGACUACGCUCGUAUCAACUCACAUUGACCAUGAACAGGCAGGGGAAGAGGAAGAGGCUGAACAACUUCUCCGAAGGAUAAGGAAAGGAAAAGCUUGUCUACAAGCCGAAGAAGAAGAAAGCCAAAGAGAUUUGCCAUUGAGAUUGAAGAGACCUUCUGUUCCUGGGGAAAUGCUUCAUCGCCCCCUCAUACUACCAUUAACUGUGGAACGGCCAAAGCGAGAACUUGUUCAGCCAAUAACUAUGGAGCCAAUGCAAGAAACUGCACAGCCACCUACUGUGGAGCAAAAGCAAGAAGCCAAUGUGGGAAGACCUAUGGUUGCACUACCGCCACCCCCUGCUAAACCUGUUGAGCGAGAGAGAUUCUUCCGUGAGAACAAGGCUGACGGUUCUGGCUCUUAA